CUCGUCAACAAACAACUUUGAUCAUCCGAAAACACCUCCGACGACCCACCGAUCCGACUCGGCCAUGGCGGUCCAAUUCAAGUACCGAAGCUCUGAAAAAUUCGACUCCGUCGACCUCGAAGGUCGGGCCUCAAUCUCCGUUCGCGAUCUCAAAGCCAAAAUCAUCCGCCACUGCCACCUCAACAUCUGUCAAGAUUCCGAUCUCGUCUUCUCCAACGCCUCAACCGGUCAAGAUUAUAGAAACGAGAACAUCCAAAUUCCGAGCGGCUCGGCCGUGAUUAUCAAGAGAGUUCCGGCAGGGUCAGCACAUGUGGAUAUGCCUAACUUCAACUGCAAGGACUCUGGGAACCCACCGAAUGUUGAGACGAUUGACUUUGAUGACUUUGGGGUUGAUGUCUAUCCUGUUCCAGAGGCGACCGUCUUUUGUUCUGGUUUGGAUGCAGACAAGGAUGCUUGCAGUCCGGGAUAUGAAGGCAUUCCAAGAUGUUUGGAGCCAGCAGGAGGUUGUCACGAAACAAGUGGGAUAAUUGAUGCUAUUCCUGGUCAUUCACAUGGUGAAGCUGAACAAACCAUACCACAGCCAAAGUCAAAGCCUGGGGUUCAAGAAGACUUUAAUUUGGAAAAGAUUAAUCGUGACCCCGUAGAUGCAAAAAAUGCUGGCAUGCCAUCGGAGAUGAAAUGUUCUUUAUGCGACUUGAUUUUCAAGGAGGCUGUGAUGAUACCCUGCUGCCAGCACAGUUUUUGUGAGAAAUGCAUUCAUCAAAUGUUGCUUGAGAAGGCAAGCUGUCCCAUGUGUUUUUCAACCAAGUGCAGAAUUGAGGAUCUGCUACCAAAUAUAUCUCUUAGGCAAGCAAUAGAGCAUUUCCAAGAGUCUCAAAAUUUUAUCACUAUUCCAGAUAACGCCUUUUGCCAAUAUGCUCCAGAUGGAGAAUCGGGGAUCCAGGCAAAAGAUGUCUCUUGUGGUGGUAGUAUCCUUCAAAGGGAGUCAAAGUUGCCUCACUCUCCUGAAACAGGGUUUGGAUCUAAUAAUUGCUUAGGAGAGUCUGCUUGUUACUCACCAUUCAGAAAUGAUGCACCGUAUCAUUUUGGUCCAAUAGUCACACAAAAAAUUCCCUCGUUCUCGCACAAGAACAAUCAAUUUGAUGGAGAGAGAUAUGUUUCUACUCAUGUGGCUCCAUAUGGCUCGGCAGCUUUUGAUGAUUUCCAAGGGGCAAGCAAGCCUUUACCUGAGAAAGCUGAACCUGUAAUGAAGAAAAAGGGCCCACCUUGGGUUUUCACUGCAGGUGGUGGAAAACGUUUUUUGGAGUGUGGAAGGAAUAGAAAGGGGGAUCGUGCUUGUUAUAUGUGUGGCUCCCCAGACCAUUUAAUAAGAGAAUGUCCAGUUGCUACCAGUUCACAGCAUAUGCUUCAUUCAGGAAAUGCAAUCUUUCCAGGAGCUAUGCCAGCAGCUUUGCCAGGUUAUGUGCCACUGUACUGGGAUGUGGCUCCAUUGCCUUAUACCCCAUCUUUUAGAUAUCCAUACGGAAAUCAGGGAAUGACAGCUUUUGAUGCCAUGUUAAUUCCUCCUGCUCCUUUUUCUGUUCAUCCAUACAUGCACAUGCCGUCCAUGUAUAGAGCUCCCGGCUUUGGUGGAUAUAUGGGGAUGGGAGGUGUAACACCUCUUCCCGAAGCUAGUGAAGACUGUGAUAUAGGUCGUUCAGACUUUCCAGAUCCUGAAGGUCAAGAAAAGAGGAGAAAACUUUCAAAUGUGAAUUUAAGGAGGGAUCAAUCUUGUGAUGACGAUGAAGGCCGGAAGAGGCAACAAUAUAAUGGGACUGCAAGAUUGCGAGAGCGUGAAUAUUAUGUUAACAUGGAACAGAGUGUAAACUACUCCAGCGACGGCUCUACUAGAAGGUCCCCAAGACAAGAUCACCAUUGUAAUGAGAUACAUGAUGAUCACAUAGUUUUGGUUGAUGAUCAUCAGAAGACUUCUCGUUUGGUGGUUGGUCAUAGGGAAGGAAAACUGUAUAAUAGCACUGAGAAAUUAAGUUCAGAAACGGAUGAUAUGCCGGGUAUCUCCAGUGGGCACAGUGAAGAGAAGCACAAACAUUAUUAUAGAAGUUUGAGAAGGAAAAAUGAAAUAAGAGAGCAGUAUGACAGUGAUAAACACAAACACGAUCACAUAAGCUCCAGAUAUCAGAAGGAAAGAAGAGAGCAGUGUUGUAGUGAUUCUAGUCGGAGUCAUCAUCAAUAUAUUAGUGAGAAAGAUGAUAAGAGAAAGAGAAAUCAGCAUGAUUUCAAAAGGCAGAAACAUCACAGUAAUUCGGGAUCUGGUUUAGGACACAGUAUUUCCAGUGAUAAGAGGAGCAGUCACGAUUCUAAAAAAUCUGAGCACAAAUCUAAGUCUAGUGCUGAUGAGCGGGGUCAUGACAGGUGGAAAAUGGUUAGUGGGUCAGAUGAAGAUCAGAUAGAAGAUUAUCGGUAUUGUAAACGGAAAAGGGUAAAAUGAUAGGAUCAGCAAGGCUUUUUUUGUGAGAUUUAAGUGACUGGGAGGCUUUUGGAAGUAACUUCGUAUUGGUAUCUGCUAACUAAAAUCUUUCCAUUUUUUAGUCUGACCAUUGUGAGGAAGGCAAGAAAAACAAAUUCUUGAAACAGAGCUGCAGUGGUUAAUAUAAUCAUAUGGUUGAGUGCCUUUCUCUCCUGAAUCUUACUCUUUGCCGAGAGACCGAGAUGUGCUGAAGCUGGUGAAGGUAUGUUCUCUGUCAGAGAAAAUCAGAUGAAGAAACAUGAGCCAGAAAACUGGGGAGCUUGCUGUUUCUUCUUCUGUCAUUACUCCUUUGUGUUAAAGAUGGACCUAAAAGGUAAACCAAAUGAAAGACAGUAUGUUGUAUGUAUAAAUUGGGGAUUGCAGAUUCUUUUUUCUUUAUUCAUAUACAAUGCAUGUUGAGUCACAGAUAUAAUGCACAUUUAUGUGUACAUUUAGGACAUGUUUAGUUGUUGGCUUUCAUUCUAUUCACGUUAGAAAGGUUUUCAAUCUGUUGUUUAUAUUAGUUGAUAGCCCUCAUUUAGUUGUUCAUAUAUGAUUUUAUUAUAUUUUGUUGAAAAAUGAACUAUCGACCCCGAAUCAUAAGACUUCGAGCUGGAAACUCCUAAACUAGAAUAUUCAAUUACUUAUAGCGGCCUUUAUCAAUUUUACUGUAUAUAUACGAGUUCGUAUUAGACUUUAUUUGUAUAUGAUUCGUGUGUAUUGCGAGGUCUAUAG